AUGUCUCAAAGUGGUUGCAUCGGUGUCGCUGAAGCUUCGAAGGUGGUGACUGCGGGCACCUACAACCUCUGCUUCUGUGCCAGUGCUGCAGGCAGCUGUGCUGCCAGCAGUGGCUUUGGUGUGGCUCUUGGCAUAUUGACUGUGAUCAACGUGCCAGCCACGCCGGGUGGGGGCGUGUUUGCUUGUCACGCCGGUGUGGACUGCAGCUUGAUUCUGCGGGCCUCGGGUGGAUUGCAAGGAAGUGACGUCAUCCACCUCAUCGCUUCCACUGGGACCUGCGGUGUGGAUGCUGCCGUAGGAGGAAUGUCCUACACUGCGACGGGCUCCCCACCGGCGCUGACUUUCGCUGUGGGCAAGCUUGUGUCCGGCACGUACAAGGUCUGCCACUGCCCCAGUGUCGAUGGCGCUGAUGUGGACUCCACGGCAUGUAGCAGCGCGGAUGAGUUCACCAACGAAGCAGGGCAGCUCGAUGUGGAAGGGGUGACUUCACUGGGAGCUUUGGAAUGCCUCGCAGGCCAGGGCUGCAGCCUCGGCCCUUGGACGGGUUUCCGCUCCAGCCAACGCGUGAUCUUCAUCGCAGACACAAGCGGCACAGGAUGCAGCAAUGUUGCAUUGGACUCGACGGCGGAUGCCCGGGAUGCUGCUGGCCAGGCUUCGCCAAGAGUGGCACAGGCCGUGUCCAAGGCUGUGGGCUCUGGGGGCAUGCUGGAGCUGACACAGGCCGAUGUUCCGUACGGAGGCCAGUGGCAGUUGUGCUUAUGUCCCACGUACGACGGUGCAGAUGCCGACGGAGAGGCGUGCAGCUCGACAGAGGAAUUCACCGUCACGGCCGGGAUCCUGACAGUGCUGGGCCCCUUUGUGCAGGAUCGGAUCUGCGUGGCCGGCUCCGACUGCGUUCUCGGAGGCAGUCUCGGCGGUGGAUUCGUCGGCCAGGGCUUGUCGGCGAACGAUAAGCUCGCACUGACACCCUUCGGAGGAACUUGUGGCUACUCAGACCACGAUGUGGACCAGUUUGGUGCAGGCUACCUCGCACUUAGCCUUGAUGGCUCCAGCUACAUCCACAACCUCUCAGCAGGUGUUCUCGACAAGGGUGGCCGCUGGAACGUGUGCUACUGUGCCGCGGGAUCUUUAGGCGCAGGCCACUGUACCGACGUUACUCACUUCGGAGCUUUUGCUGGCUACCUGCAAGUGAAUGGGCCCACUUCCAACACGCAGGACCAGAUGUGCACUGCCGGUUUCGCUUGCAGCAUCCAUGUGGCCGGCGAGAGUCUGCAGGCAGCCACUGAUGCAGCGAUCCUGGUGCCAGUGUCAAGUGCUUGUGGAAGUAGCCGGGAUGCAGCGAUGCUGGGCGGCGGCACUGUCUCCGUCCAGAGCGGGGGCGUCCUUGAGCUGUCGGCUUCGGACUUGCCCGUCGGUGGGCAGUGGUUGAUAUGUUACUGCGUUACCCUAUCCGGAAGCUGUGCGGACGACGUCUUUUUUUCUGCAUUGGUGGGGGUGCUCUCCGUGAAUGGUCAUGCGUGGCUGGCCGACCUUGCAGCGAGGAUUGAACUCAGUUUUCGAUUCUUCCGGGCCAAGGGCUCUCCUCGCUGGACCGGCUCCGAGCUGUGGUUCUCCGACCGCAAGCACCGGAAGGCAGUCGGCAACUUUGCCGCUGGUACAGCUGAGGCAAACACUUCCUCGUGCGGAGCUGCGGCCGCUGCGGUGAUCUUCCGGGGAGAGGAGUGGAAGUUCUUGGUUUGCUUUCGGCCUUCCAUGCCUGGGCAUCAGGACAAGGAGCUGAGCUUCGAUCAGUCUUCCGGCCUCGCACAGUUGAUGCUGUCCUCCGCGCAGCUGCCUGCAGGCGGCCACUGGAAGCUCUGCUACUGUGCAAGUUUUGUCGGUGGGUGUGAUGAUGAUGACGAGUUUGGUGCGAAGCUGGGGUUUCUCACCGUGCACGGGCCCAACACCAACGGCCUACAGGUUGUGUGCACUGCGGGGCAGGCGUGCACGAUCCAGCUCGUUGGCUACAUCUCGGUGGGGGACUGGAUAGGUUUCAUGUCCAACGAUUGCGGCGUCGAUGCCCGAGAUCCCUCGGUCGCGGGAGAUGCAUACCACCCGCUACUUUAUUCCUCGGGGACUUCGACCUGGGAUGCGACCUUGCCUGCGGGAGAUGUGGGCUCAGGUGGAGCCACGGAGCGAGGAGGGACGUGGCACAUCUGCUACUGCUCUUCAGCUGAUGGCGCGGGCUGCAAUGCGGCGGGUGACUACACAACCCGCGCAGGCAUCCUCACUCUCUACGGUCCUUUGUCCAACCAGGACCUGUCAUAA